UUUUUCACAUCUGUUUUGACUGAAUAAUAAGAGUUCUUUCUCUAAUAUAUAUUUCAAAAAAGGAAAAAGUCCAAACUACCACAGCAUCUCGCAGUCGCACCAAUUUAAUUUUCUUCCACAGCAACAGCCUGAGCUUUAUUUCCAUUUCAUUUUGUGAUGCAGAUUCAGUGCAGCUGGACCCGCCCGGAAUUGCGGCUCAAGCCUUCGACACUCUUAACAUUUUCAAAGCAAAUAAGGAGAAGAAUUGGCUGUGCUUCAAAAAGACAAGGAGCUAUUCGUUUUGAGGCCGCCAUGUCCACCUCUACUACACCUGAUAAUCAGGUAGCUUCCAAUAAAAAUGGGUCAACCCCCAACCCCAAUCCGCCUUUGCAGAUUGCAAAGCGUUUGGAGAAAUUCAAAACAACAAUAUUCACCCAAAUGAGUAAUCUAGCUGUUAAGCAUGGAACAAUAAACCUUGGUCAAGGAUUCCCCAACUUUGAUGGUCCUGAUUUUGUGAAGGAAGCAGCAAUUCAAGCCAUUAAGGAUGGGAAGAAUCAAUAUGCUCGUGGAUAUGGAGUUCCAGAUUUCAACUCAGCCAUUGCUGAGCGAUUCAAGAAAGAUACGGGUCUUGUGGUGGACCCUGAGAAAGAAAUUACUGUUACUUCUGGGUGCACUGAAGCUAUAGCUGCUACUAUGUUGGGCUUGAUAAAUCCUGGUGACGAGGUUAUCCUUUUUGCACCUUUUUAUGAUUCUUAUGAAGCUACUUUAUCCAUGGCUGGUGCUAAAGUAAAGGGCAUCACAUUGCGCCCUCCAGAUUUCUCUGUACCUAUUGAGGAGCUCAAGUCCACAAUUUCGAAGAAUACUCGUGCAAUCCUCAUAAACACUCCACAUAAUCCAACUGGAAAGAUGUUCACUUGGGAAGAACUCAAUACAAUUGCAUCUCUUUGCAUUGAAAAUGAUGUGUUGGUUUUUACAGAUGAAGUUUAUGAUAAGUUGGCUUUUGAAAUGGAUCACAUUUCUAUGGCCUCUCUUCCAGGAAUGUAUGAGCGAACAGUGACAUUGAAUUCACUAGGAAAAACAUUCUCCUUGACUGGUUGGAAGAUUGGCUGGGCAAUAGCUCCUCCACAUCUGACAUGGGGAGUGCGGCAGGCGCAUGCCUUUCUCACAUUUGCUACCUCCACUCCCAUGCAGUGGGCUGCUGCCACUGCUCUUAGAGCUCCAGACUCUUACUAUGAGGAGCUAAAGAGGGAUUACAAUGCAAAGAAGGCAAUUUUGGUUGAAGGGUUGAAAGCUGUUGGAUUCAAGGUUUAUCCAUCAAGUGGGACUUACUUUGUGGUUGUAGAUCACACCCCUUUCGGACUAGCAAACGACAUUGAGUUUUGUGAGUAUUUAAUCAAACAAGUUGGGGUGGUAGCAAUUCCGACCAGCGUAUUUUACUUGAAUCCUGAAGAAGGAAAGAAUUUAGUCAGAUUUACCUUCUGCAAAGACGAGGGAACUCUUAGAGCUGCCGUAGAAAGAAUGAAGGAGAAGCUAUUGAGAAAGUAACUUCAUGUUUUAUUUUUCAAAAUAAUUGAGCUCAGUUGUGGUCUGGGUGCAGAAAAGAUUUAUGUUGAUAUUAAAGUUGAGCAUUUAAAGGGAAUUAAAAUCGACAUUUCCUCCCUAAAAUUCCUGGGAAGAUUGUCUCUCAACUUGUAGUGAACAACAGUAUUUAAUUAAGCGACGUUUGUGUUUCACUCUUU